AUGGAAUCAAAUAAUAAUAACAACAAUAGUAGAGAUAUUUUAUUUAAAGAAAGAAAAGAUAAAUGUCAAUUUGCUAGAUGGUAUAGCACAUUUAGACGAUUGACAUUUGAGAGUGUUAUCAUUGAAUUGCCAAAGAUCGUAGUGGAUUACUUGAAUUCCGAUCACUUCUCAACAGAGACAACAUCGUUCCCAAAGUACAAGUUGGACGAUUAUGAAGAUGACAUUGGUGACGAUGAUGAACAAUGGUCCACUCCUGUAGGAAAGAGUAAAGAAUCAUCAAUGUUUAAUAAGAAAUAUUAUCAAUCUUAUGAUUCAGAUGAUGAUACUGAUGAUUCAGAUGAUGAUAAAGUAGAAGAUAAUAAUAACAAUAAUAGAACCAAUGAAGUAAAGAUAGAUCCACAACAACUAAAGAGUUUUACAGACAAAAUAGAUGAAGCAAUCAAGAAACUAGGUGGUGAAUGUGUUCCAAAGUUGAAUUGGUCAUCACCGAAAGACGCUACUUUCAUGAACAUCCACGCCAGUCUAAGAUGUUCUAGCAGUUCAGAUAUACUAUUACUCCUAAAGAGUUCUGAUUUUAUUAAUCAUGAUCUCGCUCAAUUUGAUAAUGAUAUUAAAGAUUUACAACCAGAUGAUAUUACACCACUAACAUUGGUACUGAGAAGAUGGGCAAACGUAAAUAUUGCAUUGGAAUUUAGAUGUUUCAUUAAAGACAAUCAAUUGAUUGCAAUUAGUCAACGUGAUACCUCUGCAUUCUUUGAUUUCCUGCCAGCAAAGAAAGAAUUAAUACAAUCAAAGAUCAAAUCAUUCGCAGAACAACAUAUUAUUAACAAAUUCAAUGAUGUUUCAUAUUGUUUCGAUGUAUGUUUCUUGGAUACCAAUUUAAAUACGGUUACAUUGAUGGAUUUCAAUCCGAUUCAUCCUUCGACAGACAGUUUACUUUUUGAUUGGUACGAGUUGUUCCCAGAGGAAUUGGAACAUCAAGAGAUUGAUGAAUCUGUGAAACCAUUGGAACAUUUCGAAUUUAGAAUAGUGGAGAGCAACGAAGGUAUAAGACCUAAUCUAUCAAUGUCAAGUCGAUUACCAAGUGAUCUUGUCAACAUGCAAUCAACUUCUGAAAUCAAUGAAAUGUUAUCGAAAUUUAAAGAUCACAAAAUAUAA